UGCACAGAAUAAAAGUGCAUCUAUCUCUAUACAUGGGAGUAAAAGCUACUGCAAAUCUGAACCAGGAUUAAAGGGAUGUUGCUGACAAAUCCCUGCUUCAUCUCAUAGGAAGAUCAGAAAAUCUCUGCAUGCACAGUUUAUAAAACCCAGUCACCCUGCACUUUCAUUGUAAUUAGUGUUGCAAGCUAUCCCCAUAUUAAAGUCUUCUACUGGAAACACAGAAGGCAAUUGGAAUCUGGAGGAACUGAAGCUCACAGACAUUAUUUGGGGCUAAAGGUGCAUUGUAUCAAGUAAUUUCCACAAAGCACUGUGUAAUUGGGGCUUCUUUUCUAUUUUUAUUGUAUCAGAGCAAAUUGCAAAGUUCCCUUCCCCCUCUUUCCCAAAUAUAUCCACUCACCCUACUGAGAAGCCCUGCAUUCAUCUGCAGAUCAGCUGCUUCACAGGUUACUGUUGGUAUCCUAGCAAAGCACACACUGCUCUGGAUAUGACCAGCCCUUGGUCCUGGGGCCAUGGGAUUCUGCCUACAAGCGAUGGAUCUUGAUUGUUCUCCUGGAUUAUGAUGGAUGUGUCUGCUGUGAAGAACACUGAGCUGUCCUGAGUCUGUCUCCUGGAAAGGGAAUGAUAAUUCUAAUAAUUUCUAAAGACCCUCUUAGAUGGUCUCGUGGAUACAGUGGUCUUUUUUUAAAUUUCUGGAACAAAUGCAUGGAUAUAGAACACACUCCACAGAGAAUUAAACAUCUGGAAUAAAUACAGCCAAAUAUUUUUCUUUCAUCAUGAUAUCCAAUUUAGCUUAAUUUUCUUCCUAAAAUGGUUCCCUACUUUUUCUUUAUAUUUCUUCUGCUGAAGGAAGAUGGCUACGGAAACUUGGGUCCUGUGGCAUCAGCACAGACAAACGAGAGGAGAGUGGUAUCACAUGUGCCAGGUGAUGUAAUAAUUGGAGCAUUGUUUUCUGUACACCACCAACCUACUGUUGAGAAAGUCCAUGAAAGGAAAUGUGGGGAAGUGCGGGAACAAUAUGGUAUACAAAGAGUGGAAGCCAUGCUUCAUGCACUUGAUAGGAUCAACGCAGACCCAAACGUGUUGCCAAACAUAACACUUGGAUGUGAAAUAAGAGAUUCCUGUUGGCAUUCUGCUGUGGCUCUUGAGCAAAGUAUCGAAUUCAUAAGGGACUCUCUAAUUUCAACUGAAGAAGAAGAAGGUAUGGUCCGUUGUGUUGAUGGAUCUUCCACACCAUUCCGAUUAAAAAAGCCCAUAGUAGGUGUAAUUGGACCUGGGUCCAGCUCUGUGGCAAUCCAAGUACAAAAUUUGCUGCAGCUUUUCAAUAUACCUCAAAUAGCAUAUUCUGCAACAAGUAUGGACCUAAGUGACAAAACUCUCUACAAGUAUUUCAUGAGAGUGGUUCCAUCAGAUGCCCAACAGGCAAGGGCCAUGGUAGACAUUGUGAAAAGAUACAACUGGACUUAUGUUUCAGCAGUACAUACAGAAGGUAAUUAUGGUGAACGGGGUAUGGAGGCAUUCAAAGACAUGUCUGCAAAGGAUGGUGUUUGCAUUGCUCAUUCCUACAAGAUUUACAGUAACGCUGGAGAACAAAGCUUUGACAAAUUACUGAAGAAAUUACGUAGCCAUCUUCCAAAAGCACGGGUGGUGGUCUGCUUCUGUGAGGGAAUGACUGUACGAGGACUUUUAAUGGCAAUGAGACGCCAGGCAUUGAUUGGAGAAUUUCUCCUACUGGGAAGCGAUGGCUGGGCAGACAGGUACGAUGUGACAGACGGUUAUCAGCGUGAAGCUGCCGGAGGAAUAACAAUCAAGCUCCAGUCUCCUGACGUGAAAUGGUUCGAUGAUUAUUACCUGCAGCUACGGCCAGAGACCAAUCUCCGAAACCCAUGGUUUCAUGAAUUUUGGCAACACAGGUUCCAGUGCAGACUGAAGGGGUAUUCACAGGAAAAUCUGAAAUAUAACAAGACCUGCAGCGGUCGAUUGACUCUAAGGUCUCAGUAUGUUCAAGAUUCCAAGAUGGGUUUUGUCAUCAACGCAAUAUAUGCAAUGGCUUAUGGUCUUCACAACAUGCAAGUCUCUUUAUGUCCAGGAUACAACGGCUUGUGUGAUGCUAUGAAACCAAUAGAUGGACAGAAGCUGCUAGAUUGUAUCAUGAAAGCCAACUUUACAGGAGUCGCUGGUGAUAUGAUCAUGUUUGAUGAGAAUGGAGACUCACCUGGAAGGUAUGAAAUCAUGAACUUUAAGAAAAUGGGUAAAGAUUAUUUUGAUUAUAUCAACGUAGGCAGUUGGGACAACGGUGAACUCAAAAUGGACGAUGAUGAAAUAUGGUCAAGCAAGAACACCGUUAUCAGAUCUGUCUGCAGUGAGCCUUGUGCAAAAGGAGAAAUCAAGGUUAUCCGUAAAGGAGAGGUGAGCUGUUGCUGGACCUGCACGCCAUGCAAGGAGAAUGAAAUAGUUUUUGAUGAAUACACAUGUAAAGCGUGCGAUUUGGGUUCCUGGCCUACAGAUGACCUCACAGGUUGUGAUCCAAUCCCAGUGGAAUAUCUCAGAUGGAGUGAUCCAGAGCCCAUUGCAGCUGUAGUCUUCUCAUGCUUGGGUCUCCUGGCUACAAUGUUUGUGAUGGCUAUAUUUGUCCUCUACCGAGAUACUCCGGUAGUUAAGUCAUCCAGCAGAGAGCUUUGUUACAUUAUCCUGGUUGGAAUCUGUCUGGGUUACCUAUGUACAUUCUGUCUCAUUGCAAAACCCCAACAGAUAUAUUGCUAUCUACAGAGAAUUGGCAUUGGCCUCUCCCCAGCUAUGAGCUACUCCGCACUUGUGACAAAAACUAAUCGCAUUGCCCGAAUCUUGGCUGGAAGCAAAAAGAAAAUAUGCACCAAAAAACCUAGGUUUAUGAGUGCCUGUGCCCAGUUGGUUAUUGCUUUCGUCUUAAUUUGCAUCCAGUUAGGAAUAAUUGUCGCUCUUUUCAUUAUGGAACCACCAGAUGUUAUGUUUGACUACCCAAGUAUUCGGGAAGUCUACCUGAUAUGCAACACCAACAAUCUCGGGGUUGUCGCACCACUUGGAUAUAAUGGGUUGUUAAUCAUGAGCUGUACUUUUUAUGCAUUUAAGACCAGAAAUGUUCCUGCCAACUUUAAUGAAGCAAAAUAUAUUGCCUUUACAAUGUAUACCACCUGCAUCAUAUGGCUAGCCUUUGUGCCAAUAUAUUUUGGAAGCAAUUACAAAAUUAUCACAAUGUGUUUCUCUGUGAGCUUAAGCGCCACAGUAGCACUUGGUUGUAUGUUUGUGCCAAAGGUGUACAUAAUUCUUGCCAAGCCGGAGAGGAACGUCCGAAGUGCAUUCACCACCUCCACUGUGGUCCGCAUGCACGUGGGAGAUGGGAAGUCUUCUUCAGCUGCUAGUCGCUCAAGUAGCUUAAUUAACCUUUGGAAAAGAAGGGGAUCUUCUGGUGAAACCUUAAGCAUUUCAUAUACUCCUGGGCCUAUCCACACCUAUUGUCAACAACCAAUCGGAAUUCCAACACUGUCAAGUAUGAGUUACCUAUGCUCCAAUGGAAAAUCUGUUACGUGGGCACAAAAUGAGAAGAGCAGCAGGGGUCACCAUCUUUGGCAGCGUCUGUCCGUCCACGUCAAGAAAAAGGACAGUACAAACCAAACUGCUGUCAUCAAACCCUUUUCAAAAGGAAGCACAGAGAAUAGAUAUAUCAGCACUUCCUUUCCUGACACUGGUGCCAAAAUGCUCUAUGAUGUUUCAGAAGCGGAGGAGCAUUAUCCAGUGCAGUACAGACCGCAGACUCCCUCACCUAUCAAUACUGUAAGCCAGAGAGCUGCUUCAGUAAAUCGUACAGAUGAAGAUAUACCUUCCUUCCACUCCGACACUGCACAACGAAGUGGUUCUUCUCAAGGGUCCUUGAUGGACCAAAUCAGUAAUGUUGUGACUCGUUUCACCGCCAACAUCAGCGAGCUCAAUUCCAUGAUGCUGUCAGCAAACACGCAAGGGUCUAUGGUGCCCACACCUCUUUGUUCUUCCUACCUGAUCCCAAGAGAAAUCCAGCUACCCACAACUAUGACCACAUUUGCAGAGAUCCAACCGGCCCCUGCCAUCGAAUUUAACGGUGGGUCACUGUCUGCCAGAAAACCCUCUUCUGACAGCGUCAAAGAUAGCACCUCAGAGGCAACAGUAGUAAGACAAGAUAUUGAGGAGUUGGUAGCUUUAACUCCUCCAUCUCCUUUUAGAGACUCCAUUGACUCUGAAGGCAGUUCCCCUAGCUCCCCUGUGUCAGAAUCAGCUCUAUGUAGCCCGUCAACUCCUAAAUAUGACAAUAUGAUCCUGAGAGAUUACUCUCAGAGUUCCUCCUCAUUGUGAAUGUAUUUCAAGAGUGUGUUGGAUAUUUACAGAUAUGUAUACAAGUUGGGGGGAGGCACACAGAUAUUGUUUGCACAAACAUUAUAUAUCAAUCCCCCCGUGUUAGUAACCAAUGCCUGUCAAAAACACUUCCAACAAGACAGUAGCAGAUUAUUAAUCCCAUUCUAAAAUGUAGAGCAGAUGUUGAGCUAGUGGCCUUAGACAACAUGGUCUUUUAAGAAACACUGCUUACACUCGAGGGCUUAU